AUGAAGGCAUCUAUCCUCGCUGUUUGUGCAGCCGCAGUAGGCCUCGUCUCAGCGCAGACGCCCGACGGCUUUACGCCAAGUGUGGCUACACAUCUCGAUGUGACCUUCGGAAGCAAGGCCGUGUCACCCUCGGGCACCAGUCUAGCCAAAGAAGAAACUGCAAAGUUGCCGACGAUUGGCUUCGCUGGUGCCAACGCCACGGAGACGUAUUUGUUUGUCAUGAUUGACCUCGACGUGCCCUCAGGAACCACUCGCAACACCCUUCUGCACGCCAUGAUCCAGGACUUCAAGGUCGGCAGUGGCGGCGCCACCACAUUGACGUCCGCAGCCACCAGCCCGGCCUCGUACAUGGGGCCCGCUCCGCCCAAAGAAAACCCAGCCCACCCGCACCACUAUGUCGAGGUGCUGUUUGUGCAGCCGGCCGGGUUUGCCGUGCCGGCGUCGCAGGCGUCUGUCGUGAAGAGCCGGAUAGGAUUCAAGCUGGCCGACUUUGCGACCGCGGCUCAUCUCGGGGAGCCGGUGGCGGCCAACUACUUUAUGGUGACGGGGUAA